AUGAUGUCGGAAACAUAUUCCAACAGGAUUUCAUCUGCCCUGGAAGAUCCGCAUCCUAUGGUGGAGCUGGCUCCACCACCAAACGCUCAUCCAGUCUCAGCACCACAUCCCAUAUACCCACCCUUCCCCGACGAGACACCCGGCAAGAGACCAUCGGUGCCUUCUGUUUUGGGGUACCGAUCCAGAUUAGAGACUGCAGACACCUCAAGACAGUCGAAACGCGAAUCAUACAAUCAAAUUGGCAGCACCUUUCUCAUCACAAAUGAUGGGAGGACGCUCAAGCUUCCCGUGCCCUCGAAUUCCAAGGCCGAUCCUUUGAACUGGAGCAGAUGGAAGACAGCGGGCGCGUUGUUCUCAAUAGCCCUCUUUUCUAUUGUUUGCCUCACUGCUGCACAAGCUGCGUCUGUCGUGCUCGAUGACAUUCAGAGAGAUUUCGAACAUGAGGACAUACCUACAUGGCUAUUGAAAGCGUUGGUGACUGGUCCGACCUUAUUCAUGGGCAUAGGAUGCUUUCUGUGGGUGCCAGUGUCCAUUGGGUUGGGUCGCCGCCCUACAAUCUUGAUCGCAACACUUGUCGUACUGCUUGCCAUGCUCUGGGCUGGUGAAGCAGGUACUUUCCGUUCGCUCGUGGGCGCGGUCUGCUUCCUCGGUCUCGGCGAAGGACUCGCGUUGUCUCUAGCAUUCCUAAUGGUCAUUGACCUCACCUAUAUCAACCAAAGAUCAAUAGCGGUAGCCCUCAUGUGGUGCAUGGCAGGAUGCUUUGGCACUUCUGGCGUUGCUCUGGUACCUGUCUUGGCAGACCAUGGAAACAACUGGCGCCAGUUCUAUCAUUAUUGGACCAUCCCCAUUGUCGUCUCGCUUGUCGUCACCUUUGCCCUAUAUCCCGAAACAUACUUCAAAAGGCCAACAGUAGCCUUCAAUGGGCUCAUUCUGUUGCAAAGCGCUACCGAGAAGCUGACAGUCUACGAAGAUCGCGAGAAAGACUCUGAAAUCUAUCGCGAUCUCCCCGAAUACCCCCUGCGCACUGGUCUCGCGGGCUUCCGUGACAAAGUCGGUCUAUCGCGCUCACCAUUCGCGUCAUGGGCUUCGGCUGGUCGUUGCAUCAUCCAAAUGGCUUACUGUGCUACCAACCCGCUCAUCUUCUGGGUCUUCGUUGCGUCCGCUUUCAACUCAGCAAGCAUGAUCUUCAUCGGCGCGACCUACGCACGCAUCCUCAUCGCGCCGCCUUAUAACAUGUCGCCAAGCGUUGUUGGUACUGUCAACAUCGCAUCGGGAUUCGGAGCCCUAUGUGGCCUACCCAUCUUUGCUUUGCUCUUCUGCAAGGUACUGAAACGCCUUUCAAGCCGCAAUCGAGGGGUGUUGGAGGCUGAACACUAUCUCGUCAGCUACAUCAUGCCCGUCAUCACCGGUGCUCUCAGCUCGGUACUUUAUGGUCUUGCAGUCCACUUACACUGGAGGCCUAUUGCCAUCUACUUCGCGUACGGUAUCAAUGGCUUCUCCUUCAUAACGCUGAUGAUCGCCAACACGCUCUGGGUCACCGAAGCCUUCCCCAGAUGGGCUGCACCUGCCAUCGCUGUUGUUGGUGGAGGGUGUUACCUACUCUCCUUCGCCAUGAGCUUUGCGCUUGUGCCCUGGAUCGAUUCACACGGAUACAUGUGGGUUGGUAUUGAACUCAUGAUCUUUCAGGUAGUAGGCGGACUGAUCGCCAUGCCGGUCGCCUUUUGGGGUAAGAGCACGCGACAGGCCAUCGCUGGUAGGUGGGCUGAAGACCGGAGUGGUGCGCUUCGCCCGCUCUAG